AUGGCAGUGGUCAAUGAGAAAUUUGUUUGUACUGUUAAAGAAAUUGUUGGUGAUAGUCAUGUUUCUGAUUCGGUUGAAGACAGGGUACAACAUGCACAUGGAGGGACUAAUGUUUCAGGAGCUGUUGAGUGUCCACCAGAUGAGAAGAGAAUGAUUGUAUCUGUUGAUAUGAUUGAAAUGAACAAGAUUCUGUGGAUUGCUGAACAGAACCUCACCAUGUGUGCUCAAGCUGGCAUCAUCGGUGACGACCUAGAGAGACAGUUGAAGGCAAGGAGUUACUGUACGGGUCAUGAUCCCGACUCACGUGAGAUCAGUUCAUUGGGUGGUUGGAUAUCAACACGUGCAUCAGGAAUGAAGAAGAAUACAUAUGGAAAUAUUGAAGAUCUGCUUGUUGGAGUGAAGAUGGUCACUCCUCGUGGUGUCAUCGAACGUGCCUGUCAAGUUCCUCGUAUCUCAUCUGGUCCAGACAUUCAUCACUUUAUCAUGGGCUCGGAAGGCACACUCGGCAUCAUCACAGAGGCAACUCUCAAGAUCCGGCCGCUGCCCGAAGUGAAGAGAUACGGAUCGUUGGUGUUUCCAGAUUUCGAGAGUGGAGUCGGUUGCAUGAGAGAAGUGGCACGUCAGCAUUGUGCUCCUGCAUCCAUUCGAUUGGUCGACAACGAGCAAUUCCAAUUCAGUCAAGUUCUAAAGCCGUCACCAUCAUUCUUCACUUCCAUCAAGGACAGACUGAAAACAUUUUACGUUACAAAAUUCAAGAGAUUCGAUCCCGAGAAGUUGUGUGUUGCUACUUUGGUGUUUGAAGGAGCACGAGAGGAUGUUGCGGUUCAAGAGUAUCGUGUGUAUAGCAUUGCUGCUAAAUUUGGUGGCUUACCUGCCGGAGAAGAAAACGGCGAGAGAGGCUACAUGCUGACAAUGUCAAUAGCCUAUCUACGAGAUAUCGGACUUGAAUAUUCGGUCUUAGCCGAGUCGUUUGAGACAUCAGUGCCUUGGGACAGAGUGGUGGCUACGUGUCGUAAUGUGAAGGAUCGUAUUCAACACGAGUCGCAACGAUAUCAGCUUAUUCAUCUACCGUUUGUCAGUUACAGGUAUGUUGAGCUGAACAGUGUCAUCCACCCAAUUGAAAAUCAUAAACACAACUUCUUGUAUUGGAUGCUGAUAGCUGUUUUAAAUUAA